AUGGAUUCUGUCUCAGUCGAUAACCGAAGAAACUCAGAAGAGGAACUGGAGAAAUUUGACCAGUCUGCGAAUAGUCCCCAUGCUGGCCUCCGACGUAUUCCUGACAAGUUCCCACGUAUUGCACUACUUAUUCUCGUCGUUGAACUUGGCGAACGGUUUACUUAUUUUGGCCUCAGCGGCCCUAUGCAAAAUUAUAUCAAUAACCCCUACGAUCCUUCGUCCGGUCUCCCUGGCGCACUAGGUAGAGGACAAUCAACCGCGUCGGCGCUUGGAAACUUCUUUAAAUUUUGGGCUUAUGCCUCCACCAUUAUUGGCGCGAUUGUUGCAGAUCAAUAUGUCGGCAAAUUCAAAGCCAUCACAAUCUCUCUGGGAAUUUACAUCUGCGGAUUGACCAUCCUGGUUGCCACCGCCUCGCCAGCUGGCCUUGCCAGCGAUGCUGGCUUCGGCGGUUUGGUCACUGCAAUGGUCAUCAUUGGCCUGGGAACAGGUGGAAUCAAGGCCAACGUGACUCCCAUGUGUGCUGAGCAAUACCAAAACGCAGAGCCGGUUUUGAAGACACUCAAAUCAGGCGAGCGUGUGGUUGUGGAUCCCGAAUUGACCGUGCAGAGGCUUUUCAUGUGGUUCUACUGGGUCGUCAAUGUUGGCGCCCUCUCCCCCCUGAUUACGGUCAAUGUUGAGGCAAAGCACUCUUUCUGGCUUGCAUACUUGAUCCCAUUGAUUGCGAUCGUUCUCUCAGGUAUCGUCUUCUUGUCCGGCCAGAAGCGAUAUGUCAAGACUCCUCCCCAGGGAUCCGCUAUUAUCGACGCAUGCAAAGUCUUGAACAUUGCCCGACAGGAGAAGAAUUUCGAGAGCGCAAAACCAUCAUCUCUCGAGGCUUCAGGCCGUUUAAGCAAGUAUCCUUUUGCAUCUUCGUCGCGCUACACCGACGAGUACGUCUCGGACGUCCGCCGAGGUUUUAUGAGCUGCAGAAUGUUUGUCUUCUUCCCAUUCUACUUUGUUUGCUGGGUCCAGAUUUGGAACAAUCUCAUCUCGCAAGCUGGUCAAAUGGCGUUGCAUGGAACACCAAAUGAUCUCCUGCAAAACCUUGACCCGAUCGCCUUGUGUAUCUUCAUCCCACUUCUUGACUUGGGUGUUUACCCUGUCCUUCGCAAGUUCAAGAUCAACUUUAGCCCAGUCCGUCGUAUCUUCGCUGGUUUCCUUCUUGUCUCGAUCUCCAUGAUCUACGCCAGUGUACUACAGCACUUUAUUUACAAAUCUCCCGAGAAGAGCAUCCACGUGUGGAUCCAAGCCCCUGCCUAUAUCUUUGUCGCCUUCUCUGAAGCCUUUGUUAUUGUUACUGGUUUGGAACUUGCCUUCACACAUGCGCCGAAAAAUCUGCGUUCUUUUAUUUCUGCCCUUUUCUGGCUUAUGAUCGGAAUUGCGGCAGCGAUCUGUAUUGGUCUCAGCCCAGUGUCGGAAGAUCCGUACCUUGUUUGGAUGUAUGGAUCCCUCGCAAUUGUGGGAUUCGUGGCAGGAUGUCUGUUCUACUUUUGCUUCAGAAAGAGUGACUUGGAUGAUCUGCUCAUCCCUGGACUUGAGGGAGUUCCCGUUGAAGGGAACGGGCAGCAUGUUACACAAGUCGCUGAUCAUGGCAAACAUACUGAAGUAUAG